AUGGCAUGGGUAACUGUCUCUCAACAAUUCAAUGUGAAGCGAAUUGUUAAGUCUAUGCUGGAAUUCGCUCCUGAAACACCAGAGAAAUACGCCGGCAAUGAAUUUGAAUUAUUGAAACUUGAGCUUCAUAAGUUCAUAAAAGACAGCGAACUCCUUCUUGUUCUGGAAGACGUCAGCAACCUAGAUUCGAACCACUUGUCAGAUCUAAUGAACGUGCUUCGUGGUUCCUUUCAUAGAAUUUUGAUUAUCACCAGGAAGAAGGAAGUCGCAGAAGUAACAAAAAAAGUAGCAGAAUCCACACACACCGUGGUUAUGACACGUCUCUCCCCCGAAGCUUGCUGGUCAAUUAUCAAACAUCACGCAUUUGGUGAUGAUCAGGAUGAGUCAUAUUUGGAAGGGUCGUUAGGCCAAGUUGGAAGAAAAAUCGCAGGAAAGUGCGGGGGGAAGCCAGCUGUUGCUAAAUCUUUUGGUGUUAUGUUGCGCGGCAGAUCUCUCGGAGAAUGGCAGCGUGCAUUAAUGAGUAGGAAGCUAACCGGGUUCGACUUGACAUCUGCAUCCAUGUUGAGUGAAAACUUGUAUUCUAGAAUGUCUCCUGCUUUGAGACAAUGCUUGCUGUAUUGCUCCAUCUUCCCUAAGAAUCACUCCAUUCAAGUAGACAAGCUCGUCAAACUAUGGAUGGCACAGGGCUUUAUUGCCUCCCAUGAAGAGGACAAGAUGGAAAUACAAGGCUGGAAAUACGUCAAGCAAUUGCGAGAUUGCUCUGCUUUCCAAGAAUUUGAACUGGAUGGUGAGGGCGCCUUGAGAUGCAAAUUGGAGAAAAAAAUGCAUGAAUUUAUCCAAGAUCGUGCGCGUAACGAAUGCCGCAUAAUGCUUCCUGGUGAAGAGUCCGGAGACAACGACGCUGGAACAGAGCCUGCUCGUUAUCGUCAUUGUACCCGUUAUUGUACCCUGUAUCUUGAAGAUCAAACCUCUUUCCUAGAUUCAAUUGACAAUGGAGGUAAACUCAAGGCAGAUAAACUACACACUCUAAUGGUUUUGUCCAAGUUUUCCGACAUGGAUCCAACAAAUCUUGCCAACCGUCUAUGUCGUAUGAAGAGGAUCAGGGCGUUGGAUUUGAGCGAUUGCCCAAUAGAAAAGCUUCCAUUGAAGGCAACUGAACUGCUACAUCUAAGGUACCUUAACCUGUCUUUCAAUCAUAAGCUAAAGAAGUUGCCUUCUGCAAUAAGUAAUUUGCUUAAUUUGCAAACUUUAAAUCUCAACGGAUGUGCUAGUCUUCGCAAACUGCCAAAAAGUAUACGAAAAUUGAUCAAGUUGCGACAUCUUGAGAUUCUCUGCACAACAAGCCUUAGCUACCUACCAAAAGGGAUUGCAAGCUUAUCCUUGUUGAGAACCUUAAAUCGAUUCUUCGAGUGCAGUGGUGGUGGCAGAAGCAAAGCAUGCAGUCUUGGAGAUUUGGAAAAUCUAAAUAAUAUCGAAGGAUGUCUUACCAUAGAUGGAUUGGGUGGUGAAACUGAAUUUCUGAGGCUACAAGAGCUGGUCUAA